AUGGUAGAACUGAUAGUGCUGGAUAACAAGUAUAUUUGGAAAAGUGAAGAACCUGUGCAGCUGAAACAGGGUCUAUCCUCUUCUUUGCCCUCUUUCCAACUUAACAACGUCUCCACAACGUACUGUACUAGCAAGACAAACACUGGCGCUUACUCCUGCCUUAGGACAAUAUUGCUACUAAAACGACAGUUCAGCUACUACCUCCUCCAGCUGUAUAUUCCUUCAUGCAUGCUUGUGAUCGUAUCCUGGGUAUCAUUCUGGAUUGAUAGAACGGCAGUACCAGCAAGGGUAACACUAGGAGUGACCACACUGCUUACUAUGACAACACAACUCUUCGUUAUCCUUGUUGCAACAGCAGAAGAAACGGUGUGGAAAAACUUCGUUGGACGCCGUACUUCUAGGCAAGGAGAAAAGACUUGGAAUAAUGAUAUAAAACCUGCACGGACCAUGGUAAUAUAG